AAUACCACGCCCCUCUCUCUCUCCCCUCUCUCACAUCCUUUCGCCUCUCGGCAGCUGAAAUACUGUGCGAUAAGACGAGAGAGAGAGAGAGAGAGGAGAGAGAGAGGGACUGAGGAUUUUCUCCCUUCCUUCUUGCAAUGUCCAAGGUGAAGACAGAAGAACUUACCUCCAACACUUCCUGGUGCAACUAUGGCGACAAAAGAGACUUGGAGCAGCUACUUGAUGCCUUUGGCUCUGCUGUAUCUCUCAAGGAUAUAGCCUCUGCCUAUUGUCAAGCAGACUGUGACAUAUAUGCUGCCGGAGAAUUACUAUGUAAUCUCCAGGGAAGCACAUCUAGUUCUUGUGCUUUCGCCUCCAAGGAAGAAUCACUGGCCUCAGAUGACGAUUUGUUAGACAAGUCAAAUCUUGCAGAAACAAAUGGUAUUGCAUCAAAGCCAAAGAAAUGUUCAGCAUCCAUGGGUACUGUUUCUGGUCUAAUUGGAAGAGAGUAUUCUCGUUCCAGGCCCUCAAGAAAUGAAGCGCCUAAAACUAACAAACCUCUGAAAUUGAGUUCGGAAGAUGUGCCUGUAUCUGAGAUUUGGGAUGAAAGAGUUCCAACAGAUAUGUCAGCCUCAGUUGAAAGUAUGCCCAUGGCUACUGAAGAGUUUAUCUUUAAAAUGCUUGGAGAUGGCUUUCAGUUGGACUUGAAGAUCAUCCAUGAAGUUCUCGGCCGUUGUGGGUACGAUGUUCAAAUGAGCAUGGAGAAACUUCUGGAUCUUUCUGCAUGUACUUUGGAGAACUGCAAUGAUGUUUUAGGCAUGGCUGCUCAAAAGCCUAUAGAGAAAUAUUCAGAAUCGAAGUCUCUUUCAUGCCGAGAACAACCGCAGCACAUAAGUUCUGCCAGAAGAAAUGCUUCAUACAAAAGCGACAAGGACCGAUAUACUCUCCAGAAGGAGGUGUUAGAAGCAUUGUUUACUGUUCCUGAAAGAUCUGAAGAGGCACCUGAAAAAAUUAUCCCAGUGAGGAAUGUUAGAAGAUCGAGGGGAUUUGGUCGGGUUGUAGUUGGACCUUUGAAAGACACUACAAUUGAGCAUAAGACCGUGAUUGCAAAACUACUUGUUACAGAGGAUGAAAAUGAAGAGGAUGAGAAUAGCUAUCAGGUCCUACGCAAAGCUGUUAAGGAAUAUUGGACAACAAUGAAAGAAUACUAUAAAGCAGCUGUUGAUGCUUUUGCAAAGGGGGAUCCUGAACGUGCAAACAAACUUCUAGAAGAGGGACAUUUUUUCAAAGAGAAGGCCCGGGACGCAGAUGAGAAAUCUGCAAAAAAGUUUCUUGAAACCAGAGAGGAGGAUGUAGUGUCUCUUGAUCUGCAUGAACAAGACCCUAAAGAAGCCAUAAGCCUUUUGAGGAUUCAUUUAUCUACUCUUUCUGGCAUCCCAUCUAUUGAAUAUCUUAAGAUCAUAGUUGGGGCCAAUGCUGAGGAUAGCAAAGAAGGGGCUCGGAAACGACGGGUUAUGAAGCUUCUGGAGAAAGAAUCCAUUAAAUGGAGCGAGGAAAGGAACGGUCGGACAAUUGUGGUCCGACUGGAUGAGAUUGACCCGAAGGGUUUGAGUUUUGCCAAGAAAAGCAGCAAGAAGCUGUUAGACGAUUAAAUCCUUAAAGGUAAAUCUGUUUUGGAACUUUUGGUGUUCGUCAUCUACUUGGAUAUACGUUUCUCAACUCAAAGAGGAGCUAUUGUAGCUCGGGUCUGCUGUUUUGGAGGAAGUAGACCCCUUCAGUUUUUGAAACUUUUAUCAUUACGAAUUUUGUUUACAAACACAAAGAGGAUGAAGACCUGCCAGAAAGUGGGCAUUUCUGCGAGCGAGGCUAGAUGGUUCAUAGUGACAUUUUCUUGAUGUUUCAUUUUGUUUUUUUGAUCAUCAUGUUUCGUUUUGUUUACGUUUAAGAAAAAAGAAGUUGGAAUGGGUAUUGUAAGUACAAGACGCUUUUGUUCAUCCUUUUUCCAAGUUCAAUGGCACACAAAUAUCUGGAUUGAGUUUCUUCCCAA